AAGCUGCUAUACAAAGACCAACUUCCGGCAGGUUUCUGCCAGAGAAACACGAGUACCUAAUUUAUGUAUAUAUCCACCUUUCUGGAGCAAAAAGACCCUCUGUAGCUCUUCAACAUGGACAGUGAACCGUCGUUGGAGACGGUCGGACAGGCUCUACAUGCUUUGUACAAUAAUCCAGACGUAAGCGGAAAAGAAAAAGCAUCGGUAUGGCUUGGGGAGCUGCAAAGAUCAGUGUAUGCAUGGCAGAUAGCAGAUCAGCUCCUACGGUUACACCAAAGUAUGGAAUCAUGUUACUUUGCUGCCCAAACAAUGAGGACGAAGAUCCAGUAUGCCUUCCAUGAGCUCCCCCCAGCCUCCCACAAUUCUUUGAGGGAUUCCCUGAUAGAACAUGCUGGUAAAAUUAAUGCUGAAACACAGCCGGUUAUAGUAACUCAGUUGAGUUUAGCCUUGGCUGAUCUUGCUCUACAAAUGGCUUCCUGGAAAGAUGCUGCAUUGGAUCUAAUUCAUAAAUUUGGCAGUAAUCAACACCAGCUUCCUUUUUUGCUAGAGGUCCUUACUGUGUUACCAGAAGAGGUAAACAGUAGGUCAUUAAGGCUGGGUGCAAAUAGAAGGGAAGAGAUAACUAAAGAAUUACUCAAAGCAUCACCCAUGAUGCUACAGUUGUUGACAGCUGUGAUAGAAGACACUGCUUGUGAUGAGAAGAACCAGAUUCGGGUUUUCCGGUGUCUCGGUAGCUGGUUCAGUCUUAAUGUUGUUCCUGAACCAGAUAUUGUGAACAGUAAACUGCUGACAGCACCUUUCCAUGCAAUGGCCAACACCACUUGUCCCAAUAUGCUCCAUGAAGCUGCUGCUGACUGUAUUGUUUCUGCUCUGUAUUCCUGUUACAACUGUCAGGAGCAGUUACAGUUGUCCCAGAAGCUGUAUCAAGGGGUGGUAACUCUCAUGGAACCCUAUCACAUGUCAGUGGCCACAGAGGAUACAGAUAAAUCUAUGAAUUACUGUAGAGUAUUUACAGAGUUGGCAGAGACAUUUUUAGAACCAAUGGUUUCCACUCCUAAUCAUGAAUUAGGAGAUCUAAGUGUACUUGAACUUCUUUUAACCUGUGUUGGGCAUCAUUUAUACGAGGUCGGAGAAAUAUCAUUCAAUUUUUGGUAUAGACUGUCAGAAGAAUUGUAUCAAAGAAGUAUUCAAGAGGUCACUGAUGUAUUUAAACCCUAUAUACAGAGAUUAAUAGUAGCUCUAUGUCGGCAUUGUCAAAUUGAACCAGACCAUGAAGGAAUACCAGAUGAGAAUGAUGAUUUUGGAGAAUUUAGAUUAAGGGUUUCAGAAUUAAUCAAAGAUGUUGUAUUUAUUGUUGGAUCUUCACAAUGUUUUACUCAGAUGUUUGAGAAUAUUAAGAGUCAGACAGAGAAUACGUCCUGGGAAGUGAUCGAGGCUUCCUUGUUUGUUAUGACGGCCGUAGCCAAGAAUCUCUUACCGGAUGAAAAUGACAUUGUGCCACAGGUUGUAAAAGCUGUUUUGUCCAUGCCCCAUACAGCUCACCUGGCUAUAAGGUACACAAGUAUCAAACUGUUUGGAGAGCUCUGUGAAUGGGCAGAAAAACAUCCAGAAUUCUUAGAUCCCAUUCUACAAUUUCUGUUAGCUGGCCUUCAGGAGAAGACUCUGUCAACAGCUGCAGCCAAUUCAUUACAGAGUAUUUCAACGACGUGUCGAGAACAAAUGGUCAACCACUUCCAGGGCUUGGUACAAAUUGUGUCAGCUCUGGAAACUUUCCAGCUCUCCAAUGAUGCUGCUAUAGGUCUUCUUAAAGGAACAGCAACAAUUUUAGCACAGUUUCCACAUGAUAAGAUUGCAGAUGGUUUACGACAAUUAUGUACAUUUCAGUUACUACCUCUAUCAAAAUUAAUAGCAGAACCAGUCAAUAAUCCAAAACAGGGUAGCCCUCACGAUCCCACAAAGUGGCUAGAUCGUCUUGCAGCUAUCUUUAGAUAUGUGAACCCCAAAGUAUCAAAUGGUCAAGCUCAUCCCUGUAAACCAGUUAUUCAAGAGCAGGUCUGGCCAGUUCUCUCACAGGCCUGUGAUAAAUAUCAGGCUGACGUCCGGAUCACGGAGCGGUGCUGUCGAUGUAUUCGGUUCGCCAUCAGGUGUUUAGGACGGCAGUCAGCUGAUUUACUUACUCCUCUCGUUAGUCAGAUGGUCACAUUAUACCAGGCCCAUCAACACUCGUGUUUCCUGUACCUGGGCAGUAUUUUAGUGGACGAGUAUGGAAUGGAGGCUUCCUGUCAGCCAGGACUUUUACACAUGUUAGAGGCUUUCUGUGUGCCAACAUUUAAAUUAUUAGAAGAACACAAUGGUCUAAGGAACCACCCAGACACUGUGGAUGAUCUCUUCAGACUGUGUUUAAGGUUUAUACAGCAGGCUCCAGUGGCCUACAUACAGUGUGGGAUGGUAGAACCGAUCCUCCGAUGUGCAAUAGCUGCCUGUUCACUGGACCAUAAAGAAGCGAACGCCUCAGUGAUGAAGUAUUUAUCUGACUUCUUAACCUGUGCAACAAAGAAAGACGAGAAGGAUGAUUUUCCAUUAAGACAGAAGGCAGUUAAGACCCUUUUAAAUGACCAUGGACAGGCUUUAGUUCAUGCAUUAAUCAAUGCUUGUAUAUUUUGUUUACCAACUUUCAUGACAACAGAUUUUGGAGAAGUUAUAUUUGAAAUUAUGAAAAUAGACAGACCAAUGUUUUGUCGCUGGUUGGAGACCACAUUGAAGGCCUUGCCAACUUCCAGUAGUGGGGGUGCAGUGACAGCAACACAUAAACAACUAACUGACUUCCAUAAAGCAGUCACUAGUGCCGAGAAUUACAAGGAUGUGUCCCAAGCAUUGAGAGACUUUGCCCGCCUCUACAGAUGAGACCGUAUCACCGUCCCUAGAUAGCUAGUCCCUCGUAAGAAGUACAAAACUGCGACAAGUCCCCCCUCUCCCCAUGAGCUAGCUGUGAUCCUCUGCUUUUACUCUGUUGCCUCCCAGUGUUGUGAUCAAAUUCUACUCACAUCGUCCGCGCCAAGUCAGAAGCAACCUGAGAUUACGCGCCACGUCCUAUUUAUUGUUUACUCAUGUCACUACAUCUUCUUGUGAAUUUAGACAUCUUACUGGGUGGCCAUUCAACAUGUAGGACACCCGUGCAUUGUGCUGGUGUCAUGAUUACGAGAUCUUUGGAGCCCUUUGUGAACAAGCUCUCUGUUUUUAAGAUAUUUUAUCAUGGGUCAGUACCGAUCCACUGUUGGUGGGCCGCCAGAUUAUUAUUUUUUUUAUCUGUAACAAAGUUGUGACAAUCACUGUGAAGCUUCAUUGGAGCUCUUAGUCAGCUAAAUCAUAGUUCUCCAACAUGAAUAUUUACUUUUUUUGUUUGUUUAAAAUUAAGACAAAAUCAACUUCAUUAAGAGGUUGCUCAUUGAGGCCUUGAGCCUUAGGCUGACAGGGUCAUGUGACCUAGAUGCAGUGAUUGUAAUUGUUUUUGAUUAUGAUCAGUAUUUUCCUUUCAGGUUUUGCCUCUUUCUUCUGCAAUGUGUUCAUUUUGGUGCUUUUUUUUUUUAUUUUAAUGUUGUAAAAAAUGAAAUGUUGGAUAAGCUUUGUUCUGGGCUUUUGGUGUCCAUGUACUUUCUGCGUAUAUCUGGGUAGCCAUAUACUGAUGUUAAGUAUCUUAACAAAUUGUAUGUAUGCAUAAUUAUUUGUUGCAAGUACAUGAGUAUGUUAGAUGUGUUAAUAUCUAUGAAAGUUGAAAGUAGUAAUUACUAUUUAUCUGUAAACAUGUGUACCUAUGCCUCGUUUGCUGAUAAAAAUGUCAACUGCCACAUGAUUCAAGUUAUUAAUUUUAUAACUUAGGUUAAAUCAAGAAAGUUUAGUAGUA